UAGAAGAUGAUAGAAAGUGCAUGCCAUUAUGCCAUGCUUAAUACUCAAUAGUCACUAGCGUUUGGCGAACUCUGUACUAGUGUACAAUCAAUUUUCCGGCGAAGGAGCGGAGAGAAAGCGGUUGGAGCAACCACCAUUUGGGGAACUUGUGACGGAGAUUCCUCAAUCUUCCGCCGUGUACGAUUCACCACCACCUGCUACAUCGCGCAUCGUCGACGUCAAAAUGCCAGACAAAUCUGUUCAAUCUUUACAAGCAUUGUUUCAAUGAUCUUUACAGUCGAAUAUCUGUCUAAUAUGUGGUGAUGAAGGAGAUGUGAAGCGCCUCAUGUUCUGUGUCAUGUGUAAAGCUUGUGCAGUGCAUAGCUAUUGCCCGGACAAGUUUCACACAGAAGAUGAUGGAACAGUUAGUUGGAAAUGUGAGGACUGUGCUCCAGAUAACCCCAAAUGUCUAUCUGAGCAAUUGAGAAAAAGCGAACGCAUAAGUGAUGCAACUGAAGCUAAAUAUAACAGGAUGAAAAUGCAAAAGGAAAGUUGUGCGCCUAGAAAACUAAAGUCUGUCAGGUUUGCUGAAGACAAUGAGAAUAGACAGCCAAUUCUAGAAGAUGAAAUUGUUCCCUAUGAGGAGCCUGAAUCACAUAAAGUUCCUUUGAGUACUUCACCUAACGAGCAAGUACUGGAGUCUGAGAAAUAUGGUGACUCUGAGUCCAUAAUAUCUAAGUGCAUGUGUUGCCCGGAGAUUGACAAAUAUAGCCAUGCUCGGCCACUAUGUGAUCCAGUUUGGAAGGGUCAAUUAAGAUUGAACAAUGGAACACGUUUUCUACUUGCUGCUUAUAUGUCAAGCAAAGCUUGCUCAAAAGUGCAUUCGGCGGUAACAGGCGUCCCCAAACGACUUGAUGCUGAGAUGUUGUUGAGAUGUGUAAUUUGGCCCAAGAGUUUUGCCAUGUUUCCAUCAAAUGCUGAUAGUAUUGCGCUCUAUCUUUUUCCCCGGUAUGAAAGGGAUGAGAAGAUCUUUGACGGUGUGCUGCACAACGUAAUUGAACAAGAUCUUGCUCUCAGAGCAGUUGUUAACAACGUGGAGCUCCUAAUUUUUUCAUCACAUUUAUUACCUCCAGAUGAUAGGCGAAUCUGUAAGAAGUAUUAUUUCUGGGGUGUUUUCAAACCAAAGCAUAGGGAACCGUGAAUCUCAUAUCUCAUUAGCUAAGAGUAAAUAUCUUCUCAUUUUGGGAACAAAGCAGAGGAUUAUUGUAUUACCACUUACUAGAUACAUUUUCAGUUUCUGUUACAUAAUUGUAAUGCUAAUUGUUAGCAGUUAGUAAUGUUAGUUAGUGUCUAAAUGAACAGUUGCCUGUUAACAGUUCAGUAUGUAAUUCUGUUACCAACAACAGUGUGUAUGUAAGCAUUCUGAAUCUCUGAUCAAUGAGAAAUUGAGAAUC